GGUGGAGGUGGGAAUAGCCGUGUGGAGCUGCUGGUGUUCGGCUAUGCCUGCAAGCUGUUUCGAGAUGAUGAGAAGGCUCAGUACCAGGAGCAGGGGCGACACCUUAUUCCUUGGAUGGGAGACCCCAAGAUCAUGAUCGAUAGGUCGGUGUAACACAACCCCUAGACUGUGCUACGAGAUCUCCUGUUAUAGCCUCUUUCUGUGCCUCCCCUUGUGCUGUGGGCAAGCGAGGGCGGGGGAUGAGCGGAGGGCUCGCUGCCAGAUGUGUGGGGAUCUUCUUCUCUGGCAGCAUUGGAGGGCCGCGCCUUUUGCUGGGCUGCUUCCAGUGCUGCGUGUGGAACGCUGCUGUUUCCCGGCAGUGGGAACUUGGGGUUCCCCUCUCUGGCAGUGUUGGGAGGUUCCCAUCUUUUUGACACCAAUGCGCUGGGUCUUCCUCCUCCACUUGCACGGGCUGAGUUUGCAGAGUGGAAAGGGGGAACAGUCUGAUUUCUGUGCAAACCACGGACAUCUUUUCUCACUUGGAAACCAAGUGAGCAUGGGAGUUUUUAUUAGCAGCUUUAUGCGUUCUCUUAGCAAGUAGAGUGCAACGUGAGAAGUGAAAGAUGUUUACCCACCUUAUGGGUUUACUUUUGUGUGAUCUUGACUACAAGCUGUUGAUGGGAUACCCCAAGAGCAAUUCUUCAUCUGAUUGCUUUUUCCUUGUGCCAUGUGUGAAUCACUGUAUCAGCCAGAAUCGUUCUGGUUUUGGGUGCUUGCUUUUCAAAUUUUAAGUUAAUGAUGGCUUUUUAGGUUGUUGAGGACGAGGUACCAGAGAGUACCAUGGCCAGAGAGUAUAUCAGAAUCUGAUGGUGUGAGGUUUAUUCUGGUCUCUUAGCAAUUUCAGCAGUGCAGCUUGAGAUUUAGAAACAGUUUAUUCAGAAUGAAUUUUCUGAAUAUUUAUCUGGAGAAAGAAAAUUAGAAGUCAUGUUGGGCAUAAAUGAGUGGAGCUCUGAAAGUACAGUUUAGUACAAUUUAAGAAGAGUUGUGGCUGACCCUGUACAUCUCACUGGAAAAGAUGGCAGGACGGCAGGAUUUUGGCUUGAAAAAGAUCACAUGACAUACUAUACGUAUUUGUUCCCUCAGUUUCAUUGCUGAUUUGAUGCUAAACGUGAUUUUUCUUGUUUCAAUUUAACACAACUCUAAUUGGCUUGAAAAAAAAAUCCCCAAGAGUGGAGAAAAAAGAAAUAGCCUUGCGCAAUGUUGGAUUCUUAUGAUUGACAUUUGUUAAGUUUGAGUGAAUAUGAGUACAUGAAAAAUUUAUGUUUUAUUACUUACAUGAGAAGUGUUAUAAUACAUGCUUCUCAUGGCAGCUCACUUCUAUGAUGGAUUUUGUUAAUAGGUAGAGGCCAUUUUUGUGGUUGUAUACAACAGUAUCCCAGUUUGUGGUAGUUAUAGAAAUUGUUGGGAGCAAAAAUAAGUAUGUGCAUGUAUGUACAUACAUGUAAUACCCCAAAAAUUCAAAUAACAUACAUGCGUAAGUUAAGGAAGCUUGCAUUUACUAAUCCUGUAGACUCCUUUAGAAGCUUAGAUUCUUUCUAUCUCCAGCAGCAGGAAGUCUUCAUUUUCACCAUUUUGAGAAAAGCACGUUGCCGUGAGAAGACAUAAGUUGAAGGUUGCCUGUAACAGAGCUUGAUUAACCAGACCUACAUGUCUCAUUAACUUUUUGCUAUUAGAAUAUUUACUUUCUUUGUUUUUGGUCUAGCAAGUUGGCACAAGUCAAGAGUUGUGUGUGGGAAGACACCUCAGCGGAGUGGACUUUACUGACACUUUUCAAUCAGUUUCUUUUAUGAUGCAUACACAUUAUCCCAAUGCAAUGCUUUUCCUGCAAAUAAAAUUAUUUCUGCGUAGUAGAAAGGAAGUGUACAUCAUUGAUCUUUGCCGUUUCUACGGUGAACCUCCUUAAAUUGCAUGUAUAUGUUACUGUUCCUAUGUAUGUGUGUCUCUCUAUCACAUAACCCAGAACUUAUUUCCUCAGCCAAAUGGCUAGGGGCCGAGCCUAGCCAUGAUUUUACCUCCAAUGGACGCAAGUUUCUAUGGUGAAGAUAUCUCCUGAGAGUUCGGGACUAGCAGAAAGAAGCGAGGAAAUUUCGACCGUUUGGUUCUUACGGAUAGGUAUUUAUGUAUUCGGGUUUGUGUGAAUGUAAGCUAUUUGACUUUCCAGAAAACGAUAUUUUGCAAGUGACGUUGAUUGGUUGGUUGAACCACGUACGGUAAGAGCUGUUAAGGAAAUGGAUCCCACUUAAACUAUUAAAGGAUACCUUUGCCUUUAAUUGUAAUAAUUUUUUAGUUUCUUUGAGAGGAAUUUAGACUAUUAAACAAUUUUUCAAUAGUUGGUGACAAAUGAUAAGCAAAAUUAAAUGUAAAUUCUAGAAGGAAAUAUGCUUUAACAUAUAAGUGUUUUUUUGUUUGUUUUUUUCAUUUUUAAUGGGUAAGUAUUUAAGUAGUCACAUGAACUCAAGCCCUAAGUUUUUUGCAUUGACCAGCUUUUUCGUCCUGCAGGUAUGAUGGGCGCGGUCACCUGCAUGACCUUUCUGAAUAUGAUGCUGAAUAUUCUACAUGGAACAGAGAUUAUCAGUUGUCUGAAGAGGAAGCUAGAAUAGAGGCCCUCUGUGAUGAAGAGAGAGGAGGAAUAUAAAAGAUUGAGCGAAGCUUUAGCGGAAGAUGGUACCUAUAAUGCAGUGGGAUUCCGUUAUGGCAGUGAUUAUUAUGACCCUUCAGAACCCACUGAGGAGGAGGAGCAUCAGCCUGCAAAACAAAGAGAAACUGCUCAGACAGAAAAUGUGGAAGAAAAUGAAGAACCUUUUGUUGCCCCUGCGGGACUGAAUGUACCUUCUGAUGUGGAACUGCCACCAACAGCAAAAAUGCAUGCGAUUAUAGAACGAACUGCAAAUUUUGUCUGCAAGCAGGGAGCACAGUUUGAGAUUAUGCUGAAAGCCAAGCAAGCACGCAACUCUCAGUUUGACUUCUUGAGAUUUGAUCACUACCUCAAUCCCUACUACAAAUUCAUUCAGAAAGCUAUGAAGGAGGGACGAUACGCUGCUCCUUCUGAAAAUAAAGCAGACGAGAAAAAACACACGAAAGUCAAAUCUGAGGAAGAGGAUGAUGACGACGACGAUGAUGAUGGAAACUAUCUGCAUCCAAGUCUCUUUGCAUCAAAAAAAUCCAGUAGGCUUGAAGAGCUCAUGAAGCCUUUGAAGGUAGUAGAUCCUGAUCAUCCACUUGCAGCACUGGUCCGCAAAGCACAAUCAGAUAAUAAUUCAUCAACUCCACAAUCAACAGAUGGGGCAGCUGUACAAACAUCACAAGUGGAAUAUUCCUCAGAUUCAACUGUGGCAGCCAUGUAUUACAGUUACUAUAUGCUACCUGAUGGAACCUACUGCCUCGCACCUCCACCUCCAGGAAUAGAUGUCACCACCUACUACAACGCCUUGCCUGCAGGGGUGACUGUAUCAAGUACUACAGGGGUAGCAACUGUACCUCCACCCCCUGGUACUACACCUCCACCUCCCCCUGACGCAACUGAUAGCAGCAGUGGGUUGACCUCUACCACAACUUCUACAAGGUACACAAUUACUCCAGUGGUUGCCAUUAUACCUCCACCCCCAGAUAUCCAACCUGUUAUUGACAAGCUAGCUGAGUACGUUGCUAGAAAUGGGAUAAAAUUUGAAACAAGUGUUCGUGCUAAGAAUGAUCUCAGAUUUGAGUUCCUGCAACCGUGGCACCAGUAUAAUCCUUAUUAUGAAUUUAAAAAACAGUUCUUCCUUCAGAAAGAGAGCAGCGACAACCGUCAGGGAGUAUCUUCAUCUGAAGAUGUUCCAGCAGAUACUACCGCUGAUGCGCCAAGUGAGACUCAAUUUGCAGAUGAGCACACGCCUGAAGAUGCAUCUGAGCCAAGUGCUAAGGGAGCUCCAGAAACUAAAAAGGAUGUUCCUCCUAAAACUGUCAGUGAUGGUAAAUUGGUAAAAGCAUCAUUUGCUCCAAUAAGCUUUGCAAUCAAGGCCAAAGAAAACGACCUUCUUCCUUUGGAGAAAAACCGUGUCAAAUUAGAUGAUGACAGUGAUGAGGAGGAAGAAGAGGGCAAGGAAGGCCAGGAGAAUGCUAAUAGUGCUUCAAACAAUACUCCAGCUGUUACCACUCCUUGUGUUGCUGCUGAAGAGAAAAAACCUCAACUUACACAAGAGGAGCUGGAAGCUAAACAAGCAAAGCAGAAACUUGAGGAUAGACUAGCAGCUGCAGCAAGAGAGAAGCUUGCACAGGCCUCCAAGGAAUCAAAGGAAAAGCAGCUACAAGCAGAACGCAAAAGGAAAGCUGCACUUUUCUUGCAGACCCUGAAAAAUCCUCUGGCAGAGGCAGAAACGGAGAAGGUUGAAGAGAAUUCCUUCAGUGUCGAGAGUGUCAGUAGUAUACCAUGUCCUGCGACUGCAGUCAGAACUUUACCUACCUUGGAAGUUAGCAGAACUUCUGCAGCAGAAAGGCCUUCAAGCAAAAGUAGAGAUCCUCCUCGGGAUGAAGAGAAAGAAAAAAAGAGAAAAAAACACAAGAAAAGAUCUCGAUCGAGGUCUCGAUCACCUUUCAAGUAUCAUUCAUCAUCUAAGACCAGAUCUAGAUCACAUUCAAAAGCAAAGCACUCACUUCCCACUGCCUAUAGGACUGUCAGGCAUUCAAGACUCACAGCAUCCACAGGGACACUGAGCAUGGAACCGAGUCUGAGCAGCUCAUCAAUGGCAGCAGCAACAGAGCGGGAAAGUUAUCAGGCAGCUUCGACAACGAAAAGAUUUGACUGCUGGCGCUCUUUUGAGGGAAAUCCUGGUAAAAUGUCAAGGUCACGAUCAAGGUCACCUAGGAGGAGAGCUCACACACCUGAAAGGCGGAGAGAGGAAAGGAGUGUUCCAACAGCUUAUCGCAUUAGUAAUAGUCCUGGAAAUAGUAGGAAACGUGCACGAUCCAAAAGUCCCCAUGAAAAGAAGAAGAAGAGGCGAUCUAGAUCACGUACUAAGUCCAGAGCUAGGUCUCCUUCACCAGCUGUGUCACCAGGCAAACCAUCCACACACAAAAAUUCUGUGCAUUCAAAUAGUGUCUCUCCUGUGGAGAGCAGGGAAUCUAGCCAGGAACGCUCCAGGGGAGUUUCUCAGGAAAAAGAUGGCCAAAUCUCUUCAGCGAUCGUGUCUUCAGUGCAGAGUAAAAUCACUCAGGAUCUUAUGGCCAAAGUGAGAGCAAUGCUUGCAGCUUCCAAAAACAUACAAACUAGUGCCUCCUGAGACCUGUUGAACUGACCGUCAAGAAAUUAUGUAAAAGAACAACAUUAAAACUGCCUCAUCUCAAAUGUACAGCUGAGCUUAGCUCACUUGGUUCGCAACUCUCUUCUCUAAUAUUACCAGAACUUGAGGAGCUAAAACCUAUCUUUCUGUACAGAACUGUCUCCUUGAAAUUUCAUUAAAUUUUUUCAGGCAGAAUAUCUUUGGGAAGUUUUUGGUUUUUGUAAAUUGAUUUUUUGACUAAUUCUUCAGUAACAUUUUAUGAUCAGCAGUCUGUAUGUGUAUAUUUGUAAAUACUACGUUUCUGUGAUGAAAGUAUUACACAAUAAUAAAGAACAAAACAUCUUUCAUUA